AUGAUACACUCAGACCAAGGAGCAAACCCACAAGACAGGAAGGACAGGAGACGUUCUUCAGCAACCAAAUCUGAAAACGGCCUCUCCCACAUCCUGAGACUGGUGCUGCAGGAGCUGAGUCUAUUCUACAGCCGGGACGUGAACGGAGUGUGCCUCCUGUACGACCUCCUCCACUCCCCUUGGCUGCAGGCUCUGCUGAAGGUGUAUGACUGCCUCCAGGAAUUCAAAGCGAGGAAACUGGCUCCUGCCACACAGCAUGCGCAGGCGUUAUCCCACGAGGUAGUGGAACUGUUGCGGGAAGUUCCUAACUCCCCUGAAAUCCGAGAGCUGAAAUGGAUCCUCCAGGCUCCACACUCGAAGGCUUUGCUCAGUGCCCAUGACACAGUGGCUCAGAAAAAUUUUGAGCCCCAUCUUCCCCCACUACCAGACAACAUCCCUGAGAGUGAGGAGGCAAUGAGGAUCGUUUGUCUGGUAAAAAACCAGCAGCCUCUGGGUGCCACCAUCAAGCGCCAUGAGAUGACAGGGGACAUCUUGGUGGCCAGGGUCAUCCACGGCGGGCUGGUCGAGCGGAGCGGACUGCUCUAUGCUGGAGACAAACUGGUAGAAGUGAAUGGAGUUUCAGUUGAGGGAUUGGACCCUGAGCAAGUGAUCCAUAUUCUGGCCAUGUCUCGUGGGACAAUCAUGUUCAAGGUGGUCCCUGUGUCUGAUCCUCCAGUGUACAGCCAGAAGAUGGUGUAUGUUCGUGCCAUGACGGAUUACUGGCCCCAGGAAGAUCCUGCCAUCCCCUGCAUGGAUGCAGGAUUGACUUUCCAGAAAGGAGACAUCCUCCAGAUUGUGGACCAGAAUGAUGCCCUCUGGUGGCAGGCCCGGAAAAUCACAGACCUUGCCACCUGUGCUGGGUUGAUUCCUUCUAACCAACUUCUGAAGAGGAAGCAGCGGGAAUUCUGGUGGUCUCAGCCGUACCAGCCUCACACCUGUCCCAAAUCAACCAUAUUAAUCUCUAUGGAAGAAGAUGAUGACAUGAAGAUUGAUGAGAAGUGUGUGGAAGCAGAUGAAGAAACAUUUGAAUCUGAGGAGCUUUCAGAAGAGAAGGAGGAGUUUAUUGGCUACGGUCAGAAGUUCUUUAUCGCUGGUUUCCGCCGCAGCAUGCGCCUUUGUCGCAGGAAGUCCCACCUCAGCCAGCUGCGUGCCACUGUGUGCUGCACCGGUGGCUGCUACAGUGCCAUGGGUGCCCCUUACGAGGAGGUGGUGAGAUACCAGCGACGGCCUGGAGAUAAGCACCGCCUCAUAGUGCUCGUGGGGCCUUCUGGUGUUGGAGUAAAUGAACUAAGGAGACAACUUAUUGAAUUUAACCCCUGCCAUUUUCAAAGUGCGGUGCCACAUACCACUCGUUCCAAAAAGAGCUAUGAAAUAAAUGGGCGUGAGUACCAUUAUGUGUCAAAGGAAACCUUUGAAAGCCUCAUGUAUAGUCACAGGAUGCUGGAGUAUGGUGAGUACAAAGGCCACCUGUAUGGCACCAGUGUGGAUGCUGUUCAAGCAGUCCUUGAUGAUGGGAAGGUCUGUGUCAUGGACUUGGAGCCUCAGGAUAUUCAAAUGGCUCGAACUCAAGAUCUGAAACCCUAUGUCAUAUUUAUAAAGCCAUCUAAUGUGAAUUGUAUGAAGCAGUCUCGGAAAAAUGCCAAAAUUAUUACCGACUACUUCGUGGACAUGAAAUUCAAAGAUGAAGAUCUACAAGAAAUGGAGGAGUUAUCCCAAAAAAUGGAGGCUCAGUUUGGCCAGUUUUUCGAUCACAUGAUUGUGAAUGGCGACUUGCAAGACGCCUGUGCCCAGCUGUUAUGUAUCAUACAGAAGGCUCAGGAAGAGCCUCAGUGGGUCCCAGCAACAUGGAUGCCCUCCGACAAUGAGUCUUGAUGGUGCCGCCUGUUGCAUGCUGUGGUGCAACACUGCACCCUGGUGGGAGAGAAACAGAGCAACAUCUGUGUCUCAGCAGCUGUACUUGACCUAUUUUAAUGUGUGCAACUUUACAAGUGCUGUAGUUCAUGAACAUUUUUGCAAAAAUUAUGUAUGACUAUAUAUUCUGUUGUGAGGUUAUAGAAUUACAUGUUGGGCAUCUAGGAUGUAUUUUUUUCCUUGACCUUCUAUGUGGCUGUGGUAGGAAUAUCAAAAAUGUUCUUGAGAAUGAGCACCUCUUAGAGAUGGCAGACAGUCCUUGCAAGGUUCGAGUAAAAGGUUCUUUUCUGAAUAAAAUGAGUAACAUUUAUUUCAGAAGUGCAUUUUACUUUAUGAACCUUCUGCUUGAAUGUCUUUCACAAAAAAAGUGACUAAUUGACUACCAGCAAGAAAGGUUAACACACACAAUUCAUGUCCAUAGCAAAAUCUGGGAAUGCAACACCGCUCUCAACAUUGACACAUCAGUCUACAAGGAAACAGUUUUGGACCAGAGCAGUUAACAAUCGUUUGCUAAAAGCCAUCAUCCGCAUGUAUGGAUGUGGGGCAUUGGGACAGUCCUGGAGACAGGGAAAAAAUCCUAAGAUAUGAUGAUGCUAUUUCACAGUCUUGA